CCAGGCUUGCAGGGGUUCGCGGCGGGGCUCGCUGUGGGGCCGCGCCGCGCGGCGGACGCGGGGCGGGGCCGUCGCGAUGUGCGCCGCGGUGGCUGCUGUGGAGGCAGAGGCCGCGCAGAAGCUGUGCGCGCAGCAGGCGCGCCGCCUGCUGGGGCCGUCCAGGCCAGACCGCGGGGCGACCGCGCGGAGGUGUGCCGACGGCGGGCCCGUGCCAGCACUUCGCCGGGCGCACCGGCGGCGCGUCUGGGCCGCGCUCGGUCUGCUCGCCGUGUGCACGGCCUCUGCUGCCUGGACGGCCCAAGGUGGUCUGGGCGAUAGUGCCGACGCCUCUGUUGGUUUAGUUUUCACGAUUUUCGCGGCGACGGCGCCGCCACUGCGCGCCGCCUCAGCGCCUCAAGGCGGGUUUGCGGGUCUGCGGCGCCUGGCAAGGGCCCCGACGGCCGUGGCCCGGCAAGUCAGCAAAAAGGAGAAGUUGAGGCUGCAGAGGGAGGCGCAGAAGAGGAUGGCACAGGUCGAGGCCUCGAAAGCGAAGAAGGAGGACCAGAACGUGAUAGAGCUGGAGGGGGAGGUGAUGCUGCACGCGCGCAACGUGUGGAAGGUGAUGCUGAGCAACGGCGCAGAGGUGCAGUGCACCCUCGGCGGCAAGCUGAGAAAAAACAACAUCAGGGUCCUGGAGGGCGACAGGGUCACCGUGGAGAUGUCACCCUUCGACCUGACGCGCGGGAGAAUCACCUUUCGCAGCAUCGACUCGAACCUGCUCAAGACGGCCAAGGAGAAGGCGGACGAGGAAAAGGAACGACGAAAGGAGAGGGAGAAGGAAGAGCGCAGGCGGCAGGCGGCGGAGGAGGCCAACGCCGGCGCCAGCUGAGCGCCCGCCCGCUCGGGCUCGCCGCGGCGACCCCUCCCCCGUGUUUUUAUUGCGGGUGCUGCUGGAGGUGGCCUUGGUUCCAGGGUGGCCCCAGCCUGUCCAGGCAGGCCCAGGUGGGCUGCAGAACACCCCUCGCAAGGCCUGCAGUGCCUCACAGGGGCUCAGCGUGGCGGGAACAGUUUGCUCGGGACAACUUGGGCCAGGGACGCCAGUGGCGACCCCCUUGUUUGUUAUCCUCAUUCCCAGCCUUCCAGUUUGUGGUGGUGCUGCAGGGAC